GCACCAGCAGCUGGAGGCGCUGCAGAGUGAGGUACCUGUGCUGCCUGCGCAGCCACUGGGCAGGAGCCUCUCCCCUGUGCCAGCACGGGGGGGCCGGUCCUUGCUGCCUCUUCCUGCCCACUCCCAUUUGCUCGGCCCCCGUCAGCUUCGCCUUGGCCUUAGCCUGCUCCAGCAGCUGCACUCACACUGGGGCCACAUCCGGCCUCCUGUCUGCCAGCCCGUGCCUGGUGCCUGCUGCUCUAGCAAGGCUGAGACCCCACGACUUAGCUGCCUCUUCUUUCCCAGCUAUGGCAGAGCACAGUGGUCCCCCCGCGGCCCAGGCUGCUCCUGCUAGCGCGGCCGGGAAGGCAAGUUGUUCCCCUCAUCGACCUCUAUGAGCUGAGCAGCAUCUCUGGAGUUGGCGCUGUGGGCUUUUGCAGGUGCACAGUCACGACCAGAUCGUUGCAACACUCGAGAGACGCCUGGGAGCUGCCAAGGAGGAGCUGGCACGAGCUGCGGGCGAGGUGGGAAGCCCUGGAGCAAGGUGCUGGGGCCUAGGGCAGGCGACAGGCUCUGCCCUGGCAGACGGGCAGCUGUGGGGCCCUCGCUUCUCUGCACACUGCAGCACCGCAUCACUCCCUGUCCUGCUCACGUCGGCCUCUCCAUCGGGCCGGUGCUCGUUGACACCUUGAUGAUGUUUCCUGCCUCAUCUCAUGGGCUCCAACCCCAUCUUGUGCCAGGCGGCAGCUGGGCUGAGCAGUGCCCAGUGGCAUGGACAGGAAGCAGUGCCCGUGGCCACCCCCCCAUGCUGAUAGCCAUCCGCUCUGCCCCCCCCGGGCCAGACACAGGCGCUACUGCUGGAGCAGCUGCAGGCAGAGCUGCAACUGAGCCGGGAGAGCCGCGAGGCCGAACUGCAGGGCCGGUGGCAGGAGCUGGACGCCUGCAAGGGGCAGCUUAAGGAGACGCAGGUGCAGCUGCGGCAGCAGGAGGCCAUGAUGGUGGCACAGGGCCGGGACCUGGAGCACCGGCUGCAGCAGUGCAGGGUGCUGCAGGAGGAGGUGCAGCAGCAGGCGCAGGAGCUGGCGCGGCGGCAGGAGCAGCUGCAGACAGCACAGGAGCAUUUGGCUGUGGCCAAGGACAGCUUCAGCCUGUGCCAGGAGAAGCAUGAGGCGGUGCUGAGCCGGGUGCAGAGCCUGGAGCAGGACCUUCGAGACGCCCGCAGCCAGGUCAGGGAGUGUGAUGACACCAUCGCCAGGCUGUGCAGUGAGCAGCUGGCUGUGAGGAGCCAGGUGGAGGAGGCCGUGGAGUGGCUGCGCCAAGAGCUCCAGGCCACCCAGGAGGACCUGGCCCACAGUCAGCAGCAGGCCCAGCAGUGCGAGGACAAGGCCCAGCGGCUCUGGGAGCAGCUGGCUGCCAGCCACAGCCAGGUGGUGGCAGGCACGGCGGCACUGAGGGACGCUCACUCGGAGUUUGCCUCCUACACGGCUGCUCACAGCCACAGCAACGCCAGCUACGACCGCCUGGCACUCCAGGCCAUGGCGCUUCAGCAGAGGCUGCUGGAGCUGGAGCUGGAGCUGGAGCUGGAGGUGGAGAGCACCGUGCAUCAGCAGCAGGCAGAGGAGGCCGAGCGCCUGGCCCAGGACUGGGAGCUGCAGCUGGAGCAGGUGGCAGAGCAGAAGUGCAGCACCACGAGAGCUGUGGCGCGGGCACAGCAGGAGGAGCGGGCACUGCUGGCCCAGGGCAGCCUGCAGAGUGUGCAGGAGCAGCUGUGGCAGUGCCAGGCCGAAGCUGUGCGGCUCCAGCAGGACGGGCGGCACCGCGAAGCCGAGCUGCGGGUGCUGCGGGACCGAGCUGCCACCAGCCAGCAAGAGGCCCAGCAGAGCAGGGAGCUGCUCCAGCGCCUGAGAGAGGAGCUGAGCCAGUGGCAGGAGAAGCACGAGGCAGCCAUGCGACAGGGCCUGGAGCUGCAGCAGGCCACGGCUACCGCUCUGCAGGUGCAGGAGGUGAUGCAGCAGGCCCUGCGCAAGGAGCGGAGGCAGGAGCAGUGCCGUGCCGAUGAGCUGCAGGAGCAGCUGCAGCAUGCCACAGAGCAGGCAAGUGCAUUGGAGCUGGCGGGUGCCGUGCUGCAACAGCAGCCAGCAGGGCGGUGA